CGUAUAUAACCUUAUGUAGCUGUAUGAGGCAAGGUGAUUUCUGUAUAUUGAGGGCUCGCGCAUCUCCAUCCGUUUCCCUCGAUACUCAAACCACGCCGCAAGCCUCCCCUCUCAAGAAUACACAUCGUACCCGCAUAACUGCGCAUCAUCCAUACCUACAUCAAUCGGUUGGGCAAAAAUAUAAUCACCUUCAAACCCCGCUUCCACCUCUCCACAGCUUUUCCCCUUGCACCAAGCAGGACUUUCAGGAUGAGCUGGUUUUUCUCAAAGAACAUUGGAGGCAGGAACUUCGGCACACGCGUCCAUGUGGACAAAAAUGGCGUGCGGCGCGGAGCCUGGCGGUUCCGCCUCUGCGGCUUCUCGUGCGUCAGAUAGGCGGACUUGAGCGCGUCAUAUUCCUACGACCUUUGAGAGAACGUGAACGACUUUCCCCCAGGAAAUGGCGACCUCGUAUCCGCACCUUGCGUUUCUACUCCGGUUUCUUGCAUGGGCUUCGACGAUCUCAGUGGGGUUUCGGGCGAGCUGGCAGUUGAGCCAACGCGCUUGGUGAGUGGAGAUGGACCGCCAACCAGCAAACAUUCACCGGCAAGCACAACUUGUUGAAAAGUCGUGCCAGAGACAGACGACGUGGCUCGGAAAUUAGGAGAUGAGAGGGGGUCGUUGGGCGUUAGGAGCAGUCUGGUUCUCCGAGUCUCAGUACAGCGAAAUAACCUCGAUACUUUGCUUCCCUAUAACGAACAGUAUCUGAAACCAAGCCGUUUGCCGUGGCACGCUUCGAGACGGCUUGUGAAAGUGGAAGGCCGGGUAAUCCCAAUAGCAGAUAUGGAACAAUUUACAAAUCAUCUGGUACUUGAACAGGGGAUUCCAUGGCCUAAGCACAGAAAUCAUCUUGGACAACACGUUCGUUCCA